AUAGGACAUCCAUAAUCUGAGCUUUACUACCCUGCCCUUCUCCUCCACCUUGGAUCUAUACAAAUGGUUAUCUGAGGCGCUACUACCCUCUAUGGCAUUCUAGAAUAAUUAAAUGGAUAACAGUAUCGGAACGUGUUACGCCCCGUCGAUCCCAUACGCGCCUAAUACGACUCGCGUACCAUCGUGAUUUUACGGUCGGCAUCCGAUAGACAGUUGAUAUCCCUCUUUCGCUGGAGUCAAAUCCAGUCUCAUCCUUACGAAGAAUGGCAGACGACCAUGAGAGCCCCUCCUCCGUGGAAGCAGCGCCGGUAGAAUCGCUCAUCCAGGGGCGUGCAAAGCGAAGCACUGCUGGACUUCAUAUGUCAGCCCUCUUGGAUGCCGCUGCAGACGAUGACCUUGCGCUCUUGUUCGAGGAAGUUGAGGAUGAUAAUGAGUUUGCAAUCGAAGCAGAUGAGGAAGGGGGGGAAGAGGAUGAUAUGCGUUUUGAAUCUUCCUCGGACGAUGAGGAUGACCAAGGACCUGACUCCCGGGCGGAUGAAAUGGAGGGCGAACAACAACUACAGAAGGAGGAGCGACAAGAACGAAAGAAGCGCAGGGCACAAGAAGAUCUUCGAUUCAAGAUAACCAGCAAGAAGGUCAAAAUCGAUCCUACCGCCGUGUCCGCAGUGCCUGCUCCUCGCCCGAAAAAGAAGUCAGAACGUAUCUCAUGGAUUCCCACGCCGGAGGAAGGGCCCACGCGAUCGUCCUCUCGUCGCCAGACUAUGCAGAACAAAGAACUUACGCAUGCACGGCUCAAAGAUAGCGAAGAAAAGCGCAUCCGCCUCAUAGCGACAAUGGAGGAAGCAGCCAAAAGAAAAGCCCAGUUCAAGCCGAAGGAGAUGACGCAAGCCGAGCGUCUUGCGGAAGCUGAAAGAGUGGAAAGACACAACAGCAAAAGUCUCAACCGGUGGGAGGAAAUGGAAAAGAGGAAGGCUGAAGAAAGACUAGCAAAAAUCGAAGCCCUUCAGAACCGCCGCCUUGAAGGCCCAGUCAUGUCGUAUUGGAGUGGCAUAGCGACCUGGGUUAAUGGUCGCUUAACGCGCAUCGGCAAAGUCGAGGUCACGCCAAAACCAGAGAAGGAGGACAAUGCACGCAGGAAAAGCAAGAAGAUGGACAAAGAAAGCAAAAAUGUGAUAGAGCAAAAACCGACCGAGAAUGCUGCUGCUGCUGGGCCUGCCACGUUGCAAACAGCCCCUCCUCCCACCCAGACUGAGGAUUCUACGCUACCACAAACAUCUGGCGACGGAGGGCUUGUCAAGCAAAACCAAGAACCUGGACAACAGCAACAACAACAAACAAUUUCUGAACCCAGUCAAGACAAUGGCGCAAUACCGCAAGACAAACCCGCUGAUACAAUAGUGGAGGCUCCUGCGUCCUCUCAUGCGCCUGCGGAGGCUGCUGCUGAUCCUGUCCAGCCAUCCACAUCUGCGCUCAACGAUGGGUCGGGUACAGAGGCAGCGCCAGACACGGCUUCUCCAAAGCCCGAGCCUGAGAAGAUUGAGGGAGCUGUCGAGGCUCAGGCUACAGAUGCAGCUCCACAGGAGGGAACUGCAGAUGAAAGGCCGGGCGCACAACAACCAGAUGAGACGCCUACACACGCAGCUGAAGCUCAACAGUCCACGUUGCAGGUGUCUGGUGAGAACUCGACUAUUGAGUCCGAGAAGCAACCCGACCCUCCAUCUGCGGAAGUGAAAUCAGGUGAAGAAUUGACAAAAUCAGUCCCUGAGUCACCUGCAGCCACUCAGCCUGUUUCUGAGGCUGCUGCUACGGCACCACAGCAGCUUUCCCCUACUGCAGCCCCGGAUGCUGCCGAUGCCCCUCCACCGGCCGCCCUGCAAGAGACUACACCAACGUCAACACAAUUGAGACAAGAGGCUCCGGGAAUACAUGUAGACCAGCCAGCUGUCUCAAAUGAAGAGACUUCACAACCACAGGUCCCAGAGGUUCCUCCAGUUAUAGAGCAAACCGGACGAAACCUUACGGUGUUGGAAAACUUCGAUGACAAGACUGCCCACAGUCGCGAGUUCAGUAUCUAUUUCAACGCAAAGAAACCUGCUAGGCUAACGAAAAUUUCGUCUUCGCUCUGCGUUAUUACAUCACUUCCCUCGCGCUACCGGGACCCCGAAACGUCCUUGCCCUUCGCAAACUCCUACGCUUACAAUGAAAUCCGGCAUACCGUGGCGCAGAAGUACAGUUGGAGCCCAAUGCUUGGAUGUUACAUUGGUCCUGUCGGGGUUGCUGCGCGAGGAGUUCCGGCGCGGUUUCUCGGUGGUGCUGAAGCAGAAGAAGAACCUAAAGAAGAAGAAGAAGAAGCUAAAGGGGAAGCUAAAGAGGGCGAGCAGAGUGAUAAGAACGGUGGCAACGAAGCUACUACGAACAAGACCGAGAGCGAACCAAAAGCUCCCUCUGGCGAUGCGUCCACUACGUCUACCUCCAGUCCCUCGGCUGCAGCUGCACCCACACCCGCUGCGGCUACCGCGGGCGAUCCGAUGGAAAUUGAUACAUGAUUGUAGCAUCCUGGAUGCGAGGUCGGAAAAGCCGAAUGGAUUGUUCAGUUAUUAUUUAUUGUACCCUGUCAAAGAUACCCACUUCAAUUAUAUCUAUAUCUCCAUGUCUCGCGC